CCUCCCCACUCCACCUCUUCGUUCGAAACCCUAAAGCUCAGUCUCCCUCCGCAGCGAUGCCGCCCAAGUUCGAUCCCUCCCAGGUCGUCGAGGUCUACGUCCGCGUCACCGGAGGCGAGGUCGGCGCCGCCAGUUCGCUGGCUCCCAAGAUCGGUCCUCUCGGUCUCUCCCCAAAGAAGAUCGGAGAAGACAUCGCGAAGGAGACCGCCAAGGACUGGAAGGGUCUGCGCGUCACUGUCAAGCUUACCGUCCAGAACCGUCAGGCGAAGGUCUCGGUGGUCCCCUCCGCCGCCGCCCUGGUCAUCAAGGCCCUCAAGGAGCCGGAGCGCGACCGCAAGAAGGUCAAGAACAUCAAGCACAGCGGCAACAUCAGCCUCGACGAUGUGAUCGAAAUCGCCAAGAUCAUGAAGAACCGCUCGAUGGCGAAGGAUCUCAGUGGUACCGUGAAAGAGAUCCUGGGUACCUGCGUCUCCGUGGGCUGCACCGUCGACGGCAAGGAUCCGAAGGACCUGCAGCAGGAGAUCACAGAUGGCGAUGUCGAGGUCCCACUCGACUGAGUUUUAGGUUUUCAUCUUUGGUAAACUAAAUUUUUCGUUAUAUGUAUUUUGGUUUGGAUAAUUUGGAUGUUAUUAAGUUGGUUUAAGUACUGGUUUCGAGGCAAUUUAGAUGAGUUGAAGGAUUUUUGAUGGCCCAAUUAUGAAAUGCUGUGGAUGCUGUUAUGGUUAGGCUUUGAUAAUAUUAUUUGGGUCCUGCAUUA